AGGGGCUCCGGGGCCCCGCACUCUCUGCACCUCAAUACUCACCACUCCCCACCCAGGGGGUGGCUCUGCAGGACUCAGUAUGCGGUGCAGGGAAGCCAAAGCUGUUUGCAAACAAGCGUCUCUUGCCUCCCGGGAUGUGCAAGCAGGGCCCUGGGAAGGAAGGCACGCUCGGCCCCGCCCGGGACAAACGCGAAGGGCACCGGUGCGGCCGCCAGCCCGGUCUUCACAUACCCGGCCGCGCCGGAACCCAGGCCCGGGCAAGGGCUUCUCGGCAGCGCGUGGCCUAGUCGCCCCCCGCGUGCCUCCAGCCUCCUGGGGGGCCCAUGGAAAAAGGGCCAAGGCCCCAGAGCUGCGGGGUGCCCGCGGCGGCCGCAGUGCCAGGACGCUCCGUCCGCCCGGCCCGAGAGCUGACGCCAGGGCCCCUGAGCGACGCAAACCGGCGAGCCCCGCACCGCGGCGCGCCACACUCACCGCCUCUCCAUGGCCAGGGGGUCGUCCCUCAGCCGCAAGCCUCCUCCUCCACCUCCUCCUCCUUCUCCUCAGCAGGGCUCCGCCGCGAAGCCUCGCACUCCUGAGGGGGCUGCGGUCGCUGCGGCGAAGGCCGAGGCCCGGCGCCCCUCCAGCCGCAUCGGCUCCGGGGUCGCCUCAGCCACUCGGGUCCGGGGGAGCACGGUCGAGCGCGUUCGGGGGCGCAGGCUACGGCGGGACGACGGAGGCGCUGCAGGCAGACCGGCUCGGCAAAGCCUCCGGCGCCGCGGUGGCCGCUCCAGCCUCCCGCGCCGCCGGGCCACAGCGCCCCCUGGACCCCACGUCCCGCUACGGCGCCGGGACUGCGGCGGCCGCGCCGAGCACGAGCGGCAGGGAACGCGAGGCAGCGCGGCCUAGGGGUGGCUGGGGCCCCGUGUGCCCUGCGCCGCCCGCGGCCCGCCCCUGACGCGCCUUCCCGGGAGCCGGAAGCCGUCGGCUCCCCCCCACCCCACCCCCGUCAGACCCCAGCACCUUUCUUCCCUCCGGAAGGUAUGUGAAUUUUCUCGUCACUCGGACCCGCACCCGAGAGCGGGAAUGUGAGGGAAUCUCGGGUCAUUUCUCAUGGAGACGGGGUUCCUUUUAAUCCCCUCAGUGCGUAGGCAUGAAAGGAGAGUGACCCAGAACAAAUCUUCCUUUUAUCUUUUUCUAAGCACAUGCACAAUCCCUUCCCAAAACAGAUAAAGGAAUAAUCUUUAACCUUAACUUUUUUGGAGCUACUGUGCAGAUUCAUUACAGAAAUUUGCUACAGAAUCCCUUAACCCCUAACCUUCCCCCCAAAAUAGAGAAUAAAUAAAACGCUGACCAAGAGAAGAGAAUAAGCAACGGGUUGUCCUGAAAUUGAUAAACAACUUAAAGAAACAGGCUCAGAAGGAAACUGUGAUUCAUCCUCGCAACAUCUCUGCAAAUCCAGUACCUCGGUACCACCAUUUUACUUCUGAAGUACAUCCAACCGGAGAAGAAGCUGGAAGUCGACUCUAGGAUUCCUCCAGUCUCCUAUCUGAUAAUAGUCCUUUCUGAAAUAUUAAGAAAACAUUCUUAGAGUCCCUGGCACAGAGUGGAUUCACCAGAACCCUUGGCUGCCUGGUGAGGUGGAGUUCGUCGGGUAGAAUGUGGUAACUGCUGGGCUCUUCCUGACCCGCCCCCAUUCCUCCUCUACUCUUCCAGAGAUUCAGCUGAUGACCAGAGGUGCCCGGGUUCAGAAUCAUUUCCUUCCUGGCAUUCAGGAGAAGAGCCCUGGGCCCCACCCCUGCUCUUUGCAUGCCUCUGUUAGAGUAUAAUUUCAGAGAGGCACCUUCCUGUCUUAAAGCAUCUCCUCCACCCCCUGGAGGAAGGGAGGUGUUGACGAAGGGGCAAGAGCUCAGGGUAGACAGGCCUGAGUUGGAACCUCGGCCCUGUCACUUCACUGGCUUCGUGUCCUUCCCUUCCAUACUCAGAGCCUGACGUGCUCCAUCUGUAAUACCCUCUGAACACUGGGAACUAGAAGUAAUGUCUGCAAAGAACUUGUGGAAUAAAAGCAUAUAAAGUCUUUUCCACUCAGAACACAUUAGAAAUAAAUUAUUAAGGACCA